CUGUGCAGUCUCUGCCUGAGGACAGGCUGCAGAGGACAAGGCCAGGGCUCUGAACCGCAGCUGGAGCUGUGGAGUCCCUCAGCCCCACACAGGACUCCUCUCUGCCAUGCUGAUCAUAGCCCAAGGCCUGCUGAUGGUGGUGGCCGUGGGCGAGUUUUUUGUUGGCUUGGUUGGGAGUGGAGCACUUGUGGUCUGGAGUCUUGGCGAAUGGAUCAGGAAAGCCAGGCAGUCCCCCUGCAGCGGCAUCGGCCUGGGCCUCACGGCCUGCCACUUUCUCCUACAGUGGCUGAUCAUGGCGACCAGCCUCUUCCUGCUCUAACAGAGCAGCCGGCGGUUCCGUUAUCUCAAUAUCGCCUGGGUAUUCAUGAGCCAGGCCAGCCUGUGGUUCGCCACCUUCCUCAGUGCCUUCUACUGUCUGAAGAUCACCACCUUCGAGCACCGCCUGAACCUCUGGUGCCUCCUUGGCUACCUCACCAUCACGCUGUUCCUCAGGCCUGCAUUUCCGGAGCUGUACACUCCCUCCCGGCGGAACAGCAGCUUUCUACACCCCUUCUUAAGCCGGCAUUAUGUUUACAUUAUUGAGUUCAAUUCGGGAGGUUUUCUACCUUCCUUGCUGUUUCUUCUAUACUCUGGGAUGCUGAUGGUCUCUUUGUACAGACACCAUCGGAAGAUGCAAGUCCACACUGCAGGCAGAAGGGACGCCCAGGCCCAGGCUCACAUCACGGCCCUGUGGUCCUUGGCUAGCUUCCUGGUUCUCCACAUAGUGUAUGUGCUGGCCAGCCUCUUCUCCAUCACCUCCAAGUCCUUCCCCCCAGAUCUCACCUCCAUCAUCUCCAAGACCCUCAUGGCCACCUCCCCUUCUCUUCACUCUGCCAUCCUGGUCCUGGGCAACCCAAGGAUCAAGCAGCCUUGGCAGAGAAUCCUGUCGAAGCUGGGGCGCACCUGCAGAGGUGGGGACCUGUGA